GGGGAUGUGGGGCUUCUAUUGGUAUCCCUCCGCCGGGGUCACCCCCCCCACCCCCACUCCCGUCUCUUUUAGGUAGCAGGAACUAAUUCCCCUUCAGGUCACUGGGGUCCCCAGGGUAUGAGUUUUAUGGACGUGUUUUGGACCUGUCCCCUUAGAAGAUAAGGGGGUGCCCAGCGCACGUUAAAUUGGAAGCCCUCCAGCCCUUAAGCUGGGGCCCGAUUUACCAGGACUUUGGCCCCAUGACCCCAACCCAAGUCCCGCCCCUUCCUGGUUGCCGAGGCGACGGCGGUGGCGUCCCAAGAUGGCGUCUCUGCUGCCAGAGACUCUGUUCGAAGCCGGCGGACAAGGCCCGGCGCCGAGUAAAGACUACUACCAGCUGCAGAUCACCAGGUCCCAGGUCUGUCUUAGGUGGUGGAGAAUUUCCUUGAGGAAUGACUAUCGUUUGAACAGACCUGGCAUAACUAAAGAGUGCCACGAAGACUUCUUGGAUGAUGUGAAUCUUCACGUUCAGAUCGCCUUAAUAUUUGGUUCCAAAGUCCUGCAGUAUGUCACCAAUUUGUGCAACGGUAAAUACGACUUCCUGGAGCGGCUCCCCGACCCUCUCCUCCUACAUAUCAUUUCUUACCUGGACCUUGAGGACAUUGCCAGACUCUCUCAAACAUCUCACAGAUUUCAAAAGCUCUGUACCUCUGAUAAGCUGUGGGAGCAGAUCGUGACCGUCACGUGCGACACAGUCACCCCUGGUAUGAAGGUCCUGGCCCAGGAUAUCGGCUGGAGACAGCUGUUCUUCACCAACAAACUCCAACUCCAGCGUCAGAUCCGAAAGAGGCGGCAAAAAGAUGAUGACGACGAUGACAACGACGACAAGGGAGAGCCAGAAGACAGCUAGGCAUCCCUGGAGCCCCUCCCCAUCCUGCCCCCUGUCCCUCUCCCCAUCCACCUGCCCACUCACCAAAGUCUCACGCUUGGACCGGACUUUUCAUCAUCUUUUCAUUCUUUGGUACAUUUUUUAUUUGAGAACAAUGCGUUGGCAUUUUUUUUAAAACCUAGAUCAGAGGAGUUUAAAAAAAAAUAUUUGGGUUUCCAAACAGAAACUGAAUCAGAAUCCAUCAGACUCUACUAUGGAGUCAGUCAAACUGGAUGGAAUUGUGGCUCCUUGACCACAUAGUAAAAUAUCAGGCGUCCCCAUCCCUCUCACCACAUGGCAAAAAGUCUCCGAGCUGAAUCUUUCCCUUCUCUCCCCCCGUUCCAUGAGUAUAUACAUAGUUCUAGUAAACAUAAACAAAUGGAUUUAUUGGAUGAGCCUUUUUGAAAAAUAAUUCCCAAGAUGACUUUAGGUAGCAUGGGAAGGGUCGUUGGCCAUUCUGAAUUUUUUUUUCUUGUUCUCAAAGCCAGUCUUUGUGGGCAGUGCAAAAAGCAUUUAGCAGAAUACUGUAAGUGUAAAUUGAAAUAGAAAUCAUGGACCACUGCUUUCUUCUCCCCAUCCCCAAUGCAGUUUUCACACAUCAGUACAUGGCAUGCUGGUGGCUCCUCACCUGGGGCUCUGAUCUUGAGUUGAAUAAAUGUCCCUCAUUGAUAUUUCAUUUGGGGAUGGGGAAAGUCACUCUGAUGGGCACUUUGGGCAUUUCUCAGCAAGUCCAGAUGAGUAUGUCAGCGAAGGAGAGAGGAACAGCCCUGAAAGAGCCAGUUUGGGGCAGGAGAUGGGACCUGCUUUUAUACCAAAACAAUAAUAUAAAGAUACCAUGUAAACAUUUAGUUGAUACAAAAUGCCAGCAUAGGAUGAAAAGAACAAUCAACCACCCAUCUGAAACGUUAACAGCAAAAGUUUUUAUUUUAUUUGUAACAUUUCCUCUAUUCAACAGUAAUUCUGAGGUAUUGUCAUGCUUAAUAAUGAUGCACUCUCUGAAAACCUAGAAAAAAGGGAAAAUUCACAAAAUCACAAAAUUGAAUGUUUGGUUUUAAAAUACAUUCAAUUCUCUUCCUUACUAA